UGUGUCACUACAGUUUCUAGACUGUAGCACAUACAGAUAGUAUAUUAAGAUGACAAAACUGGAAAUGCCCAAUCAACAAAACACUGUAGCCUCCAGUUCUUACUCCCACCUAUAGAAGGGCUGCCUUUUUCCUGUGUUGCAUAAUCAGAUGACUAAUAUUACUUGAGUCAUAAAAAUUAGCUUGAUCCAGUCAGAGCUCUACCAGGAGACAUGCUAUAGUAGAAUGACUACAUGUUAAACUUUCCCUCUUGUUUAUAUUCCCUUUAGGCUGGUGCUGUCACCAUUCCAGCUCACUGUUUGCUUAUUGUCUCCUGAGCAGGGAGAGGCGGAGACACAGCAGAGGAGGCUAUAACGAAGUCAGCCCACCUUUUAAAACUUCCCAGGAAGUGGGAGAGGUUUGCAGCUACUUGCAGUCUUCUCUACAGGUACACUGCAUACUGGCUGCAGGUCCAACAUGGAGGAAGGAAGUGGAAUAUUGAAAGAGGGGUUUCUGGUUAAAAAGGGUCAUGUUGUCCACAACUGGAAAGCAAGAUGGUUUGUUCUUCUUCAAGACCGGCUACUCUAUUAUAAAGUUGUGACAGGAAAGAAAGAAUCUUCUCCAAAGGGUAGGAUUCUUCUGGAUGGCUGCAUCAUCACCUGCCCAUGUCUAGAGUACGAGAACAGGCCGUUGGUCAUUAAACUGAGGACAAAAAACAAUGUAGAGUAUUUUCUUGACUCUUCCUCUCGUGAAGAGCGGGACUCAUGGGCAUUUGACAUAACUGGUGCCAUUCACGCUGGCCAUCCAGGGCAAGUUCAGCAACUUCACCUCAUGAAAAAUUCCUUCAAACUGCCCUCUAAUAUCAGCCUUAAUCAUAUUGUAGACAAAAUGCAUGACAACAGCAAUGGAAUUAAGCUAACACCCAACACAGGACAAGGCAGCACAUAUAGAGAAAGUUUAACAGGCUCUGGGUUGGUAGACUGGCUGAUUUCCAAUAGUUUUGCAGCUUCCCGGCUAGAGGGGGUCACACUGGCCUCUAUGCUGCUGGAAGAAAAUUUCAUCAACCCUGUGGGAGCCCGGAGUGUUGAAGCCAUGAGGAACGGUGAUCUGGUGGAACAGUUUUUAGAUGACUCUACAGCACUGUACAUUUUCACUGAAAGCUGCAAGAAGAAAAUCAGUUCCAAAGAAGAGUUUCAUCUUAAUAUUCUUGAACUGAGUGGCACAGUUGUGAAGCAAGGCUUUUUAAUAAAACAGGGACACAAGAGGAAAAACUGGAAGGUGAGGCGCUUUGUCCUGAGGGCUGACCCUGCUUUUCUACACUAUUAUGAUCCUACAAAGGAAGAUAAUAGGCCCGUUGGGGGGUUUUGUCUCCGUGGGUGCCUUGUCUCAGCACUGGAAGAUAAUGGAGUCCCAACAGGGGUGAAGGGAAAUGUGCAGGGCAACCUCUUCAAAAUCAUCACAAAGGAUGACAUUCACUACUACAUACAGGCCAGUUGCAAGGCAGAGAGAACACAGUGGAUUGAGGCUAUCAAGCAGCUAACAUAGUAAACCUGCAAAAGUGUACAUAUGGGACAAUGGCAACUUUGAAGACCUAGCCUGCUGCUGCCUGGGCUGGUUUUUGAGAUGCAUAAGUCGUUUCAGUCAAGCACCACACCUACAUCUGACAAGUCUUGUCAGGCGUUUUCCAUGAAGAAAGAGAGCAUGUCACCUUGCACAUGCUGAAAAGUCUAAAUUCCGAUUAUUUGUCCCUCCUUUUGUCAGUCUGUAUAUCAAUUAAAAUAAUUAGCCCUCUGUCUGCAUGGGCUGGAAGCAUCUCCCAAAGAUCUCGGGCAAGGCUGUUUUUCAGCUCUCUGUGAUCCUUUAAUUGUGGAUUUACACUGGAGGCUUCCACCUGCAGGGAAAAACUUCUUCUAGGGAUCUGUGAGUUGCCUCUGCUUAGACCACCUCAAGGCCCUAUGCGGGCGAGAAGUGCAACUCUUGGGGGCGAAAGCAGGUUCUAGUUCAACAGGGUUAUUUGUGGGCAAAGCAAAAAUAUAGCAGAUAGAUGACCAAAUGAAAUGAACAUCCAACCAUUAUGAAAGUAAGUAUCAGUCUAGGAUAUAUUUCUAUUUUCUGUAUGAGAAAUACUUAUUUUUGUAUUCUGUGCAUACCUACAGAAUAGUCAGUCUAAAACAUCUGUUACUGAAAACAAAGGAUUUAAUAAAAAAUCAAAGAAGCA